UUUUGCAAAUGGAUGCCCGAGAAGAUCUACCUAAAAUAUCAGUGGAGACAGAACAGGACUGGCGACGUCUUCAGCGAAAUAUCUCAACCGCUUUCCUCGAUAGAUUGGACUUGGAACUGGAAUCUCAGGGUGUCAGCCAAGACAGGGAAUCAUUUCUACCUCACAUAAAUCAAUUCCUCGACACACUUUUUGCGAUAACUAGACCGAAUCUCCGUAUCAACGGACGCACUGCAGAAGAGUCAUACGACGACGACGACGAAGAGAUGGAGCCUUUUGAUGAGGCUCUUGAUCGACAUAUUUGGUCGCUCUCCGAUCAGCGACUGAAGUGGGAUAGGGAAAUCGGAGGUCGCCGCCGGACACGUCCCACCGAAAUCGAAGCUCUGGUUCAGGGGGUUUACACUCAGCAUCGUAGUGUUGACAUGGAAAUCGAUGCGAAUCAGGAACCAUAUCUUUCAGGUCUGGAUGACAGCCAACUUGAUCCUACGAUGGAAGAAACUUUCGUGGAUGCCGUUACUAUGUCGGCUCAGCUUUGUCAGUCUAUUUCCAUGCAGUAUGAGCGGGCAAACAGAUUUACUGCUGUUUCGAGCGAGGUCAAGGCACUGAAACCUUGAUAUCUACACACGCACGAUGUGACGCACGCUGGGACUAACAAAAUACUAAGCACUAUGGUCACGAUCCCCUGAAUCCGCCUCUUCCACCCCGGGGUGCAAAACCUCCACUGCUACCACGGCCGCUUCCUCCUCUGAAACCUCCUC